AGCACCAUGUAUCACCUGAGGGUACCUGCGCUCUUACUACUGCUGCUUGUGUUGCUGCACUGCACCGCUGCUGCCCCCCGACACAGACACUUCAGGUCCAGCUCACUCGGCCGAGAGGAGAGCAUUCUGCCAGAUGACACCACGCCCAAGUUCCUGCUCUCCAAGAACCUCUUUGGACUCAUGGCCACACGCUCACAGCGCGGCCUGGCAGACAGAACCAGCCAUCCAGUGGAGAAGAGGAAGUGCAAGACGGCCACAUGUGUCACGCAGAGGUUAGCAGACUUCCUGGUGCGCUCCAGUAAUACCAUAGGGGCGGUGUACGCUCCCACCAACGUGGGCUCGGCCGCCUACGGUAAGAGGGAGCUACCAGGCCACUACCGUCCCCUCUAGUGGCGUCCAUCUCUGACCCCAUGUUUGCUUUCCCCUCCACUUUUCUUUGUUUUGUUUGGGCCGCUGCUUGACAGUAACAUGCUCUGGCAAUAAAAGUAUCGACAAAAACAAAGUGUGAAGCCAUACAACAUUCCAUGU